CGAUGUUUCACCAUCUCUAAGUUGACUUCCCCGAUUUAACAAAUUUAUUUUGAUUUCUGUCAACUAAAGUUAACGGGUUUAUUUCUUUCAUAUUCUGCCUAUCUUUGCAUUUGUUAAGCUUACAAGUUCCCUUUUCUUCAAGUUAAAUAUAGGCGCGCCACCGAAAAAAGCGAAAAUCGCUGACUGCGCAUCUUUCUUUGUUGUUGCGCCCAAAAAACACAUGUGCGCCGUGGAAGAAGAAGAACAAUAACAUAUCACAUAAUUUUUGCAUCGUCAUCGGGAAUGUCGGACCUCGACAACAUAUUCAUCAAUGUGCGGGCACGCCUCCAAUCCGAGGGCGUAAAGCUCUGGGAAGAGCCGUACUAUUCCGAGGAACUCGGCAGCAUCGAGGGCGCCCUUGAGAACCUGGCCAAAGAGUACUCUCGCUCACUGGGCUUCAAUAUGAGCCGCUGCAAGUUCAUUUUGACGGAGCUGCAGGAGAAUGCCCUCCGUAAACUGGCCGCCCGGCGUGAGUUCUCCGCCACCGGAUUGGCCACGUUCAAGGUGCGCCGGAUUGACAACCGCAGCGGCACCACCAACAUGCUGGACAUUAAGUGUGACCUGAACGCCUUGGGCUCCGAUCUGCAGGCGAUCAUCGCCGAGAAACUCCAGUUGCCGGAUAAGAAUCACGUUAAGUGCAUCGCUGCCGGAAGAAUGGUGGCUGCCAAUGCCACUCUGGCUGCCCAGCAGCUGAAGAACAACCAGCAGUUGAUUGUGAUCGUGGGCGAUGGGGAUAAUCACAGUGAAGCCCUCUACGAGCGGAUCAAUCGGAUCAAGGCCGAUGUGCUGGCAGUGGUGUCCUCGCAAAAUCGCCUCGUUGAGAUGGAGGACCAGAAUGGCAGCGCCGUCUUUCUGCCGCCCGCCGAGAAUCGGGCCCUGCUCAUCGGCUUGGGAUUUUGCGAGAAGGCCCGGGCGGCCAUGCUGCGCGAGGAUUUCGAGGAGGCCCUGCUGUUGCUGCUGGAGGCCGACGAGUCCUUUGCCACCUGCGAUUCGCAGUUCCUCGAGUCGGUGGACAACUAUGCCCUGCUCAAUCUGGAUAUAGUGUGGUGCUAUCUCUGCCUAAAGAACGUGACCCAGCUGCCGGAUGCCGAGCGUCGUCUGGACGUCUGCGGUCGCAACUUCCGUCGCAGCUAUGGCGAAAAAUUCGAGAGGCUGUACUUGCUGAAGGGCAAAACCUGUCCGGAACGGGCCCUGAUCAUGCGCCUACAGCUGCUCCAGGGCGUGGUGAUGUUCCACCAGAAUCGACGCGAUGAGGCCUUCGAGCGCUUCGAGGCGGCCAGCAUGCUGCUGCGGGAGCUCAAGGUCAACGCCGAUCAACUGGCUCUCCUCGUGGAGAUGGGCUUCGAGGAGACCGAGGCCCGGCUGGGUCUGCGCUCCUGCGAGAGCAACGGCAACGUGGAGCAGGCGGUGCAGUUCAUCCAGGAGCGUCGGCAGCAGCUGAAGGAUGCCCGCACGCAGUCCAAGGCGGAGCGGGCUCUGCAGCGCCGUCUGAUGCGCUGCAAUGCCAACGAUAGCGAUUGGGUUAAUCCGCGCAGCGUCUGCACCCUCACCGAAAUGGGAUUCGAAAGGGCACUGGCCAUUCUAGCCUUGCAGCGCUCCGAAAAUGAUUUACCCAAAGCGGUGGAACUGCUGCAGACCGAGUCCGACGCACUGCGUGCCGCUUUGCCCCAGAAGAGAGCAUCCGCCGACACGGUCAAGCUGGCCCAUCUCCUCCAGCUGGGAUUCAACGAGGACAACGUUCGCGUGGCCCUGGAGACCACAUCGAAUGACAUCGAGCGGGCCAUCGAAUGUCUGUUGCGUGCCUUUCAGAACGAAGAUGAGCUGAAGCAGACCAUGGAUCGAGUUAGCCGUAUGGUUGACUCCAAGGGCCAGGAUUUGGAUGGUCCCUCCACCUCGAACGCCCAGGCUGCACCGCCAUUGGCCAUCAUCGAUGCGGUUUUGAAGCACGCACGCUCCGAAAUCGAGACCUACAAGGCAUACGAGCGGUUCAACGCUGACCUCAGCCAAAACGAUAUGGACUACUUGGAUCUGCCACUCGUUCAGGAGGAAAAAAUUCUGGCAGAAUAUCUCAAAAUGCUGCAGCAGUGAUAUUCAUCCGCCUUCCUAUUGCUAAAUCUCCGCUCAAUAUUAAAAAACGAGAACCGGUUGUGGAGAUAACAGUAAUCAUGACUUGUCUAUACUGCAUAUCGUAGUCUUAUAAUGGCACUUAAGUGGCAUUCAGACCCCCCACUCGGCAAAUAGUAACAUAUAAAGUUUUAUAAGCACAUGCGCCUGCCCCUUCUAUUGACAACUGCGAAAUGUGAUUACGCCGAGACAGCGGCAGAAUUUACCUUUCCGAGCCACCUGAAACUUGUUAGCGCCUCUGGCAAUUACUUUUUUGUUUUUUUGUUUUCUUUUUUUUUUUAUUUGUCGCUUGACUCUCGACCCCGGGCUCAAACGGCAGCGCUUGAUUGGCUCCAGCAGUCGUGACCUUGUCGAGGCCAAAGGGCGCCGCCCACCAAGCUCAUCCCCUCUUCCAAUUUAAACGGAAUUUUCACGAUCUUCUCUAAGCUAAAUGUGCUUUACAAAGGCUCAUGCUAACGAUUUGUAUACAUUAUGUAUAUUUGGGACAUAAUUGUGUAUGCAAAAAACGGAAAAAAUUGUAACGAAAAAAAGUAACUAAGCGAUUACUUACUAUAUAGUUAAGUGCGGGUUAAAAUAAAAGUUUGCAACGAUUUUUUUUUAAAUAUUUACAGCAAGCCUUAAAGCUAACUUACUUUUCAAUACGGAUUAAAAACAGCUCGAGAAAUAAGGGUUCGAAAAAUAGUAGAUGUGUCUAAAAUAUGAGGUGAUUGCAAUUCAAUGUCGGUUUAGCGGAAGAAUAGAGACUGGAUUGAAAAGUUGAUAAUAUGUAAACUUUGAUUUGUUUAACUGAAUAACAAAACAGGUGUAAAAAUAUAGUCAUUCGAUUUUAAGCAUUACAGAAUACAGAAUAUCAAUGCGCAAUAUUUUAGGUUUAAUAGGUUUUAGAGGAUGUAAAACAUAUAUUUUUUGAAGAAUCAAAUUAAGGCAUGUGAUACAUACGUUAAUUCAUUAGAGAAUACAUUUCAAAUGUAGAAAAAUAAUGGCCAUUACAUGUCCAAAGACAAUUUGUUCCCACAAUUUUAUACUUUGAAUAAACUAUGUUAAAAGUACGUAUGUUAUUUUGGAAUACCAUUUCUUUGAAUUCGUUCCCAAAGAAAAUAUGUUUAAAUAGUAUUUAGUAUAGUAUCUGAAAACCCCAGUAAAAGGCCUUAAAUAAUUAAAUUGUUGAUUGGAAAGCAGCUAAGUACAGAUUGAAGUAAGCGAACGACACUUGAACCUCCCAUUUCCCCAUUAACCCUUCUCUGUUUCAAGGGGGUCGCAUGCGUGCCGUAAGUGGGAGGUGACGUCGGCUGUAGCGGUAACACAUGGAAGCCACAAGCUGAGUCAACCGACUUCCUACCUAUAUUUACUUCGGAUCGGUCUGUAAUAAUGGCUUCGUUUUAAUGGAAGUCAGCAGUGACUGAACCUAACCAAUGAACCCGGAAUGAUAUCAAGGAGAUUUAAAACCAAAGUUAAUAAAAUUCACUUAGUUUUUAA